ACUUUUUAUUUUAAUUAUAAACCACACACGCAAAAAAAAAAAAGGGAAACCAACUUGUUCAAGAAACAAUUAAAAUGGCAGAUUCACAGAUUUUUAAUUGAAGAAUCCAAGUUUAUCUCAUUUUGGGUUUUCAUUUCUUUGGUUUCCAGCUUUUUUUUACUUCAAUCUUUUGGUGUUUUUUGUUGGAUGUUGAUGUGUGAAUUGUGGUGCAAAUUCGAGGAAAGUUGAAUUUUCUUUUCGGUUCUUUAAUUUUCCUUUGCUGUUCAUUUGAUUGGAUUUGUGUGGACUUUUCUGCAAAUAAUUUAGAAGGAUCGGAUUUUAAUAGAGGAAUUUGUAAAAGUUAUAGUUUUGGUUGAAAAUGGCAGUGAUGGAGUCAAUUGCAACGACAUCUCUUCUUGGUCAUAGUCCUUUGCAUGGUAGAGUUUCUGUCAGGGACAUUUCCGGCAAACAGAAACCAAUCAGUUAUCGAGUCCGAGUUACAGAAUUUACCGGCAGAAGAAUUGUUGUGUCGCCUCUUUUACCGAGGUUGAAAGCCGAUAGGUUAGUUAAUUUAGGGGUAGAGGCUCGUGCGAUAGAGCUGACGAAGGAGGUGCAUGCGUAUAGAGAAGAAGAAAGAUCUCCUAAGAAUUGGAAGGAUGAAAUUGAGGCUGGUAUAGUUCAAAAACCCGAGUUGUGGCCCCCGGAAAAUAGAGCCGAUAAGCCUUCCUUGCGUAAUCCCAGGCUUCGUCAUGAAAGGAUGGGUUGUGGUUGGAUAGCAGCUAUUUUCGAAUGGGAAGGAGUUAUAAUUAAAGAUAACCCCGAGCUCGAGAAGCAAGCAUGGUUGAGUCUUGCUGAAGAAGAAGGCCGAUCCCCUAUUCCAGCCUUUAUGCUGAGAAGAAUAGAAGGGACGAAGAAUGAGCAAGCGAUUUCUGAAAUCUUGUGUUGGUCUAGAGACCCGGCAUCGGUUAAAAGAAUGGCCGCAAGGAAAGAAGAAAUUUACCAAUCAUUACAAGGUGGGGUGUAUAGAUUUUGUGAUGGAUCUAGUGAGUUUGUGGAUAUUUUGAUGCAUUACAAUAUUCCAAUGGCUUUGGUUUCGACUCGACCAAGAAAAACUCUAGAGGCUGCAAUGAGAACAAUCGGCAUCGAAGAGUGCUUCAGUGCCAUUGUGGCAGCAGAGGACGUAUGUCGAGGAAAACCCGAUCCAGAAAUGUUUCUAUACGCUGCACAACUUCUAGAAUUCAUUGCAGAGCGGUGCAUUGUAUUCGGAAACUCUAACCAGACCGUUGAGGCAGCUCAUGAGGCACGGAUGAAGUGCGUUGCUGUUGCUAACAAGCAUCUUGUCUAUGAGCUCAGGGCUGCAGACUUGGUGGUAAGACGUUUAGACGAGCUUUCUAUUGUCGAUUUAAAGAACCUUGCAGAUAUAGAGUCACCUGAAUUCGGAUCCGGAGAACCAAUCCCGGAGAUGGAGAUAGAGGAGGAACAUGAUGAACCGCCCACAUCAACAGCAAUUGAUGAUGGUAUUUUCUGGUAGCCCCCUGAAAGAACUGUAAACUUUUUUUCAAUGUUCUUCAUAUGAUUCUUGAUGAUAAUUUGUUCCAUUUAUUGUAUAGCCAAAAAGGAGCAAAAAACAUAAAGAAAAUAUAAAAAAAAUGGUGGUCUGCAUUGGACAACCACAUGAUUUAUUUACCCAUAGAUGUAUAGUUGUAUCAUAUACAUGCUUACUUUUCAAUUUUCUAGUUAUAAAAGGUAAGAUUUCGUA